AUGCCUAAACUGGUGCCGACCAGUGAGAGUCUUUCUCAACUGCUAAAUAAGGAUGAAAAGGAGAAGGCAGUCGAUGUUGAAAAUGUGCCUCCUGUCAUCCCAACGCCACAUCACUACCUCAUCAGCAUCUAUCGGGAUAAAAUCUUCUUUGUGUCUGUCAUACAGACAGAAGUGCCACCACUCUUUGUAAUCGAAUUUCUGCACCGAGUAGCAGAUACUUUCCAGGAUUACUUUGGCGAGUGUUCUGAGACUGCAAUUAAGGACAAUGUAGUUAUUGUGUACGAGCUGCUAGAAGAGAUGCUGGACAAUGGCUUUCCACUGGCAACAGAAUCCAACAUACUGAAGGAACUGAUUAAGCCUCCCACAAUUUUGCGCUCUGUUGUCAACUCCAUCACAGGCAGUAGUAACGUGGGUGACACACUUCCCACGGGGCAGCUGUCCAACAUUCCUUGGCGCAGAGCAGGGGUAAAAUAUACAAACAACGAAGCCUAUUUUGAUGUCAUUGAAGAAAUUGAUGCCAUUAUAGACAAAUCAGGUAAGGUAAUAUAUGAACUCAUAUUUGUUUCUUGCAUAUUGCUGCCAGGCUGCGAGUUGGCACUUACGCUUUGCCCCCUCUUCCAGAACCCCAGGCUGCUGGAUGAUGUCAGCUUCCAUCCGUGUAUUCGGUUCAAACGCUGGGAGUCUGAACGAGUCCUUUCGUUCAUCCCGCCAGAUGGGAAUUUCAGACUGAUCUCCUACCGGGUCAGCUCACAGAACUUGGUGGCGAUUCCUGUGUACGUGAAACACAUGAUCAGCUUUAAGGAGAAUAGUUCUUCGGGAAGAUUCGAUGUUACCAUUGGACCAAAACAGAACAUGGGCAAAACAGUAGAAGGAGUAGUCAUGACAGUUCACAUGCCAAAGGCAGUCCUCAACAUGAACCUCACUUCUACGCAAGGCACCUAUACGUUUGACCCAGUUACUAAAGUGUUGACAUGGGACGUGGGCAAAAUUACUCCUCAGAAGCUACCAAGUCUGAAGGGCAUAGUGAACCUACAGUCCGGAGCCCCCAAGCCAGAGGAGAAUCCAAGCCUAAACAUCCAGUUUAAGAUACAACAGCUUGCAAUUUCAGGAUUGAAAGUAAAUCGUCUGGACAUGUAUGGAGAAAAGUACAAGCCUUUUAAAGGUGUCAAAUAUAUUACAAAAGCAGGAAAAUUCCAAGUCAGAACAUAAGAAGAUUCUCUACAUCAAGUGGAAAUUCCCCUUAAAAAAAAACAACAUAAAUGACUGCUUAGUGACUUAUGUUGCUAUUAAGUAGGUGCCAAUUGAUAAACCUUGAUUAGUUUGAGAUCAAAGCAUUUGUGCACAGCAGGUCCUAAAAUGGAAAUGUAGCUUAUUUUCUCUUAAUAUGGCUUUAAAAUAAGGUACCUUUUUUUCUAAUACACCUUCACCCUUUUUUUACUGAAUUGUUGUGCUGGUGACUAGUUAGAUAUAGGUAAUCCACUGAAUGUCACAAACACUACACUGCCAAAUCAGAUACCAAAGCCCAGAGGCCAAGCACACGAGAGAGGCCAGCCAGGCUAUGGGGAGAGUCCG